AUGUCUGCAACCACCAUCCGCAAGGCCGUCAUCACGGAGUUUGGCGACGUCUCCAAGGUUCAAAUCAUCCAAGACACGAUCGAGUCGCCCCCGGCCAACCACGUCCAAGUCUCAACCAUCUACUCCGGCUUCUCAGGCGCCGACAUCAACAUGCGCAAAGGCGUGUACCCCAUGCAGAAGAAGGCCCCACUGACACCGGGCUACUGCCUUGUCGGCACCGUCAAGACCAACGGCCCCGGGUGCACAUCCAAGCUCUCACCGGGCGACCUCGUCGCCUGUCUCACAAUUUACGACGCCGAAGCAGAGCUGGUCAACCUGCCUGAAAAGUACCUCAUCAGAGUGCCCGCCGGCACCGACCUGCAGCAGGCCACAGCCCUGAUCCUAGACUGGAACACAGCGUACGCUAUGGUCUUUGACGUCGCCAAAGUCAGCAAAGGGCAACGCGUCUUCAUCCACGGCAUCAGCGGGGCCGUCGGCUACGCCCUCAUGAAACUAUGCCAACUACAGGGUGCCGAGGUCUACGGCACGGCAUCGGAGCGGAACCAUGCGGCCGCUCGGGAGCAGGGGGCCCAUCCGUUCGUGUACACGGACAAGAAUUGGAUCCAAGCGGUGAAGGAGCUCGGCGGGGCGGACGCCGUGUUCGAUCCCCUCGGGUUCGAGAGCUGGGAUGAGUCCUUUUCGGUUCUGUCGCCCACUGGUAUCCUGGUCGGGUACGGCGGCAAUCUGCGCUCGCUAAACGACGAUACGGAGCAUGGCUCUGUGAUUUUACCGACGAUGAAGCUUAUGGCGCGCGGGAUGGUGCCGUUUUGCGGUAAGAGGACCAAAUUCUACUACAUUACGCGCGACGACGCGACGUUUGAGCCCAAUUUGAGGGCCUUGAUGGAGCUGGUGGCUGAGGGCAAGGUUACCGUUCCUAUUAAGAAAGUUUGGGAGCUCGAGGAUAUUCAGGAUGCUCAUCGUCAGUGGGCGAGCAGCACCGGGAUGGGAUCAUCGCUCAUUCGGCUGUCAUCGUAUGUGAAAGCUUGA